GGAAACAAGAGUGGGCAUCCGCUGCGCUGCUGCACGAAGAAGAAAGUUCGAGGAAAGAUGCACGACGAGGAGGAUGGCAGCGACGCAAACUCGUGCUCGUCUGCUCGGAUCGUCUCCUCCCGGUCUGUGGAUGUGGCGGAAGUCGAGGGGGCGAAGGAGCAGGCCUCCAAACUGUGCGGCUACUUGAACAAACUGUCCGGCAAGGGGCCACUGAGGGGGUACAAGCCGAGGUGGUUCGUGUAUGAUCCAAGAAAAUGUUACUUGUAUUACUUCAAGACUCAACAGGACGCCCUGCCGCUCGGACACAUCGAGAUUGGCGACGCAUGCUUCAGCUACGAUGUGGAGGGGGAAGAGGGUCAGUUUGAGAUCCGCACUGCCGGAAAGGAGUUUUUACUCAAGGCUCCCAGCAGACAGGUGAUGCAUUACUGGCUGCAGCAGCUCCAGCAGAAACGCUGGGAGUUCAGCAACACCCGAGGGUCCUGUCAGAGAGACAGCUGGAGCUCCCCGACCCUUGCGUGCCCACCUACAGGCCUCGUAGGCAAAGACAACGAUUUGUUAGCCCUCGAGAAGCUAAGCAGCAGCCUGGAGAACAUCCGCAGUGACUUUGCCAUGGAGGCAGAAUCAGACGGCGUGGGAAACGUGGGGAUCCAGUCUUCCAGAGGGCCAUCAGCUGUGUCUGCAAACACCCUCAACUUCUCCCUCAAAAACUUUGGUACAGAACUCAGGAACUCCAUGUCAAUGCUGCGGCCAGGGAGAGGUGGAGAGAGCAGGCGCAGCGUGUUUUACACUGGCAACAGCAGCACGGAGGAGUGGGAGCUGGUGGACGCUCCACCCAAGGACUUCCCUGAAGUGAAACAUCAUCCAGACACACACAGACAUUCCUUCGGAUCAGCAUUUACUUUCGACUUUGUGCGCAACUCUUCCCGGCCUCGGAGGCCUUUGCUUCGUGACAUGAUGGGCUCUGGGAGGUUUGGACGAAGUGCAGAGACACGCAGUGCUGAGAGCUCUCCCAUUGAGACCAAUGGGGGCAAAGCUAUUGAGAUGCAGCUCCGCCUACAGAGCCAGCAGGAAGAACUGAGCCGCAUGCAGCAGGAUCAGACCAAACUCAGAGAGGAGCUGGCCAGUCAGAAGGAACUGGUGAGACUCCUGCAGCAAACCCUAAGAACAUCCCAGUGUGACAGGCAGCCAUUUCAGCGUCCCUCCACAGCUCCAGAUCCCGCUGCAGCAUCAGAACAGACUCCAAGUUCAGCAGUGACCCAGGAAGAGAUCAGCCAGUCUGAGGUUCUUCUUCAGGAGAAAGAUGGACAGAUCCAGGCUCUGUGUGGUCACAUGGAACGCCUGGCUCUGGAGAAGGAGAGCCUGCAACAAGAGCUGAAGGGCCUGAAAAUAAAGGUGGGGGAGAUCAACGAUCAGCUGGGGAUGCUGAUGGAGACGAUCCAGGCCAAGGACGAAGUUAUUAUGAAGCUGUCUCAGAACAGUGAGCAGAGCGGCAAUCCAAACGAUGGAGGUCCAACAUCUCCCAACAAAGAUCAGGAGCUCGACAUCCUCAAGGACAGUCUGCAAGGCUACAAAACCCAGAAUAAAUUCCUGAACAAAGAGAUCCUGGAGCUGACAGUCUUACGCAGGAAUGCAGAAAGUAGAGAAAAAGCCUUAGAAGCGAAGUACACGGCCCUGGAAGCCAAGCUGUGUCAGGUGGAGAGCAAGUAUCUGGUGCUGCUUCAAGAGGUGAAGACCCCGGUGUGUUCGUCUUCAGAGCUAAGCCCAGCCCGCGAGGUGAUUUCAAGGUUGUUAGAGGAUGCACUGCAGGCUGAAAGCCCUGAUCAGCAGGACCAUCCCAUCUUUAAACCAAAUACUGUCAGUGAGUACGAUGUGUACGGCUUCAAGACGGUCCCUGAGGAGGAGGAAGAGGAAGAGAAGCUGGUUGCAAAAGUGCGAGCCCUGGAGCUCAAGUCUCUCUCCAUGACAGACCAGGAGGUUUCAGUUGGGGUGAAGUGGGAAAACUACCUGGCUAGCACCAUGAACAGAGACCUGGUGCGCUCCCCUGAGCUCAAAACCCUCAUCCGCAGCGGUGUUCCUCAUGAGCACCGCUCCAAGGUGUGGCGAUGGUGCGUCUCCAUCCACGUCAAGAAGUUUCGGGACCACCUGGCACCUGACUAUUAUGAGACCUUACUAAAUGUAGCCCGUGACAAGCCCAACCCGGCCUCUAAGCAGAUUGAGUUGGAUUUGCUGCGUACUUUGCCAAACAACAAGCACUAUGCCUCCACAAGUGCAGGCGGCAUCCAGAAACUUAGGAAUGUCCUGAUGGCUUUCUCCUGGAGGAAUCCAGACAUUGGGUACUGCCAAGGGCUCAACAGGCUGGCAGCUAUUGCUCUGCUGUAUCUGGACCAAGAGGAUGCCUUCUGGUGCCUCAUAGCCAUCGUGGAGGUCUUCAUGCCAAGAGACUAUUACACCAAGACUCUCCUCGGCUCACAGGUCGACCAGCGAGUGUUCAAGGACCUGAUGAGUGAGAAGCUCCCCCGGCUUCAUGCCCACUUUGAGCAGUACAAGGUCGACUUCUCCCUCAUCACCUUCAACUGGUUCCUGGUGGUGUUUGUGGACAGUGUUGUGAGCGACAUCCUCUUUAAGAUCUGGGACGCCUUUCUGUUUGAAGGUCCAAAGAUCAUAUUUCGGUUUGCCCUCGCUCUCUUUAAGUACAAAGAGGAAGAGUUUUUGAAGCUGCAAGACUCCACAGCCAUCUUUAAAUAUCUGAGAUACUUCACACGCACAAUCCUGGACUCAAGGAAGCUGAUGAACAUCGCUUUUGUGGACAUGAACCCGUUCCCCAUGCGGCAAAUCCAGAACCGCCGCUCCUUCCACCUGGAGAAAGUCCGCCUGGAGCUGACCGAGCUGGAGGCCAUCAGACAGACCUUCCUCAGGGAGAGAGAGACGAGCCAGGAUGGACGGAGCUUCGUCAGUGACGAUGAGGAAGAUAACUAACCUGAAGCAUUUCAACAUUUCCAGGUCUAAGAGCGAGGACUACACGAGGGAUGUGUUGAAAUUGUAAAAGGGAUUUCUUCCAGAACGGAUUGCUGGAUUUGUUCACCGAUCAGAGCUGGAACAAUCAGUUUUCUAUAGAAUUUUGGAUUAGUAUCAUAUAAGAAGACCAAAACAUCAAAGCUGAAUGGCUUUUUGUCAGUAUUCCUGUCUUUUCUGUAAACACUUUCUUUAUUUUAUGCUUUUGUGUUGAUGUGACAGCCAAAAUAGUUCACUUUAUCUACAUCUUUUUGACCUCUGAUUUAAAACUACACUCUUACAGUCCAAAUCAGUAUUUCAAAAUAAAAGCAUGGCUGUGAGAUGGCGAUUUUAUGCUUGUCGAAGGAUUGAUUGUAUGUUUUUCAUGAUUCAGGUUUUUCUGCUUUAUCUGCAUACAGUUCUUCUGAAAUGUUCUAUAUUUCCUUUUUAGUUUUUAGUAUUUUGCCGACCUCCUGUGUUUGCUCCCUUUGUGUCUCGAUGCACUUAAAUCAUUUAUGCUGCGACUCAAUUUCUCUUGAACCUACAGUUCAAGUCUUAGAGCCAUAUAAGUCACCUGACAUCAAACAUGGUUAUCAUUCCAGUUUAAAUAAGUGUCUGUGGUCCAGAUAAAUACAAUAAGACCAAAAAUAGAAUUUCCUAUUGCACUGUUGUCCCAUUUUUAUUGAAGAAUUUUCAAGACGUUUUUUUAAUUUUAGGAUUCAUUUAUAACAAGCAGAUUCACACUGCGUCAGUGUGGCCUCUUUUCAACAAUAUUGGUUAUCCCACAGUUUUUCUUGACCUCAGUGCCACUUAAACGUCCCCAAAAACUUUUAUCUGAAAAGUGGAUUAGCAUCUACACUUGUACUUAAAGACAUGUACCAGCCUGGUGUCUGGUUUGAAGUAUAAUUGAAAAUUUCCACGUCACUCCACUUUGACUUUGUAACCGUUUAAAAAUGUGACAUCUUAAUGUCCUUAUCAUAUCUCCACACUUCUACUGUGAAGUAUUAUUGUUUUGUUUUUCUGUUUCAGAGGUUUUAUUUCCUAAAAUACAGAAGUCCUAAGUGGACAUGCAUCUAAACAUUUUAUUUUAUUCACUAAACUUGAUAAUCUGACUAAACCUAAACUGAUAACAAGCAAAUUUAAAACUAUUCUCUAAAGAUUUUGACGUAUUUUCCCUGUUUAAUUUGGGUAGUAAAACUGGUUUGUUACCUGAUUUUAAGUUAAUUGAUCUUGGAAAAACAAAAAAGCAACAAGUAACUCAUUAUCAGAGGAGAGUCAGGGUUGAGAUAACAAGAUAGAUGUCAAGAUCCCAAGAAAACAACCAAAAUGUAAUUAAACGGAUGAACAGAGUAAAAUAUUUUGUAUAUAUGUGUGUCCACUUUGGGUUUCCGUACUAAAAGGAUGAAUUUGAAAGAUUUUUUCAGUUCUUACAUUUCAUUAUGCUGGUAUUAAUAUUUUGAGCCCUCUGUGAUGUAAUUGCAUGUGUCGUCCUCAGUGUGGCAGUGUUGCAUUUCUUCAGCGCUAACAGCAGUGCAGGUACCCUCCACACUGUGGGAUUUCCACUGUUUUUUUUUCUUUCUGUUUUCAGCAUUGGAGAUGAAGACUGGUUGUAUGACUGCGGGGAAAAGAUGUGAUGUUUUUUUUAAAGUAGAAUUGCUGGACAUGUGUAAUGACAUUUCUGUUAUCCAAACCUUGGUACUUCUUGUGUCAGUUUACUUUUAAGGAUUGUGACCACAUUCCGUAUUGUUUUUGAUUAACAGUUCCUACCAUUUAAAAGUCUUUUCGUAAAGAUGUUUCAGACUGGUUCAACAAACAGAUCAAACUAGACUGUUGUAUUGAAGAACAAGUUUCUUGCUUUUCCCUCUCUUGUAUGCUGAUUUGUUUUUCUCAAUUUGUUGUAAGUUUUAAUCCCCUGAGGAUUAAUUGUACAUGUAACUAUUGACAGAUUUUGCGCCUUAAGUAAAAGAGAAAAAGUUCACUUCUUUGUUACAGUAUUGCCUGCAAAGGCCUCUCCCUGAACGUUUGUGACUCUCUCACUGAACUUGUGAACAAACGGCAGAAUUGCAAAUGUUUCAAUGAAAGAAGUGUGCAGAACUGAAAAAAAAAAUUCCUGUAUCUUAGGAGAGCAGGUCUCUCCGGAGAACAAAAUCUGAUUUUAAAUAAUUAUUUUUUAAUCCAUUUGCUCUGUCAAACUGCUCAUAUGGCCACUUUCUGUGUCUUUUAAUACACGGCGUCUUUCUGUUGAUAUUGGCUGUUUGUAGAAACUUUAUAUUGAAUAAGCUACAUUUAAUUCCAUCAUAUUUUAUUUCAUUUUUCUCCUUUACAGCAGUGUAUUGCACAAGUGAUGUGUCCAAUAUAUAUGAUAGGCACUUCUUUUUCUUGUGUGUAAAUCUCUGUGUUCAUUGUUAAUCUGUAUCAGUUGCUCAUGCCAAAAUGCUAAGCUUUUAUUUUACAGCAUUGAAUAUAUGCCACUGUGUUUUAUAAUUAUGCAAGAUGAAAGAUUCAAAAUUCACUUGAUUCUGAGUGCCUUCUGUCCCAUGCGCAGGCGUUUAUAAGCAACAAGGAAAAAAGCUUGAAUCUUUGUAUACAGAGGCUCAAAGAAGACAUGCAUUCAUACAUGUUCUCAGUAUUCCAGUGCCAAUGACUUUUUCCUCUGGAGAUCAUUUCUAAUUUAUCUCAUUAUCUUGG